AUGCUCUUCUUGAUUCAAACUUUCACUCUGUUCAAUUCAACAUCCGCUUCAACCUUCAUUUUCCACCAUGUUCGUGCCGCUAUUGUCUUCUCCGAUCUUGCACCGUUCACCUCCUCUUCUUCGAUUUUGAACAAAAAUGGCGCUACCUUCACUCACUUAUCCGCCUCUCCGAGCCACACGUCAUCGUACAUCAUCCGUUCACGGCUUCGCCAUUCUUCGUCAUUGUUGAACUCAACCUACCGGAAAGAGGUCCGGUACUCUUUCAACGGUGUCGACGUCGCAAGAAAUCUAGAGAAUCCUCAUUUUCCAGGUACAAAGCUUAUUCUCUUUCUCCAGUUUACACUUCUUCUUCCGAUUUUCUUCUUCAACUGUGUUAUGAGUUUGUGUUGUGCGUUGAUUCUGUUACGAAUUGAUGAAGCGCUUUCGUUGUUUGAAAUUUAG